AUGAUUAUUCCACCAAAUGUUAUAGUACAAGCAUCAAAAUUCGGAAAAAUCACUGCUGCAAACCAUUAUAUAUUUUUAAAUGAUGUACUACGUCCUUGUGUACAUAAAAAAUUUCUUCUCUUCCUUGAUUCUUGGACAAUUCAAACUGAUCAAAAUAAAUUUCGAAAAGUAUUUCCACAUCAAGACAGUCAACUAUUGAUUUUUCCCAAAGGAUCAACCGGUCAUAUUCAACCUCAAGAUUUAUCAUUACUUCGUUCAUGGCGAUAUUUCCACAAGAAAAUCGAACACUAUACUCAUAUCAAUCGAACACAAAUGAAUUUAAGUGAUCGACAAUAUUUUAUCAACGUACAUUCAGUCAUUCAUAAUCAACUAUCAGCUCCACAAUUCGAAAACCUCAUUAAGAGUGGAUUUAUACAAGCUCGAAUAACUAAUGAAACAAUUGGACAGAUCGAAAAACCAAAAGACAUUUGUUUCAAAUUUUAUGAUUUAUACUGUCCAUCCCAAGAUUUGUGA